CAACACAUAUUCAGACCCGUGGUCAGCAUCAUGAAGCUGUGGACACCUCUACUCAUGACAUUCCUGUGUGUGGCGCUGCUGUCCGUGCUGGCAGAAAUUAAGGACAGACCGCGCAUAGGUGACAAGACUGGCCUCAUUGAGGAGUGCUGGGGACAUCCAAACAUCAUUGAUUGUACCAGGAAGUGUUCCAAGUUGUUUAAAUGUGCAAGGGUCAAUCACACGUGCUGUUGGACCUACUGUGGGAACAUCUGUUGGAAAACUGUGGUGAGUUGGGGGACGCGUGCUGGGCCGUGUCAUCACGGAUUCUCACCCUCUCCUCAGCUGCUGUUAUUCCUAAAUUGAGGACUGGUGUACCCCAAAUCCUAGGCCCCAAAAUAGCAGAAGACAAUAUCCCCUAAACCUGAAAAGCAAUUCACUGGCAAAUAAACCAAGACAUCAGGUUGGGACACAUUGCUUCUAGUAAUUAUAUAAUUAACGCCUGUACUGCCCUCAUUAGAUUACUCCGCAGUUUGCCCUUUUCCUAAUUUUCAUCCAGAUUUCUAACCAUUGACUCCAUGAGCCCUUUUGGCUCAGCCAGGCCCCAAAUUUCCACUUUUCUGUGUUCUACCAACCAAUACGACACCUGUUACCCAUUCAGAAGUGGGCAAUUU